AUGCCUCUCCAAAAGCUCUCAGCACUCAUUGAUGCUGUCUGCAAUUUUGUCAUUUGCAAUGACUCCUCCCUCCGCAGCCAGCCGAUCAUCUUCAAUCCUGACUUCUUUGUGGAAAAGCUGCGCCAUGAAAAACCAGAGGUGUUCACAGAGCUGGUUGUCAGCAACAUUACCAGGCUCAUUGACUUGCCUGGGGCAGAGCUGGCCCAGCUAAUGGGAGAGGAGGACCCAAAGCUGCCUGGGGCAAACAGCACAGCCUCUGGAUUUUUUCGUUCUCUGAUGUCUCUGAAGCGCAAGGAGAAAGGGGUGGUGUUUGGCUCACCGCUGACAGAAGAAGGCAUAGCACAGGUCUCCCAGCUAAUCGAGUAUCUGCACAAAAAUCUAAGAGCAGAAGGCUUAUUUCGGGUGCCAGGCAACAGCAUCAGGCAACAGAUCCUAAAGGAUGCUCUGAACAGUGGUACAGAUAUUGACCUGGACUCUGGGGAGUUUCAUUCCAAUGAUGUGGCCACCCUGCUUAAGAUGUUCCUGGGUGAAUUACCAGAACCGCUGCUGACACACAAGCACUUCCAUGCCCACCUCAAAAUUGCAGACUUGACGCUGUUUGAUGAGAAGGGGAAUAAGACCAGUACUCCAGACAAAGAGCGCCAAAUUGAAGCCCUCCAGCUGCUGUUUUUGAUCCUUCCCGCACCCAACCGCAGUCUGCUCAAACUGCUGCUGGACUUGCUCUACCAGACCGCCAAGAAGCAGGACAAGAACAAGAUGUCUGCCCACAAUCUUGCCCUCAUGUUUGCACCCCACAUCCUAUGGCCCAGAAAUGUGACAGCAAAUGACCUUCAGGAGAAUAUCACGAAGCUAAACAAUGGAGUGACCUUCAUGAUCAAACACUCUCAGAAACUCUUCAAGGCCCCAGCGUACAUCCGGGAGUGUGCCAGGCUGCACUAUCUGGGAUCCAGAGCCCACACAUCAAAGGACGACCUGGAUUUGCUGACGUCUCCUGGCUCCAACGAGCUGCAGCCCCUCAAGUCUCAGAAGCGAAGCCGGCUGGACACUUGCCAUCAGGAGGAGACCCAGCAGCGCACGGAGGAGGCACUGAAGGAGCUCUUCCGCCAUGUCCACAAUAUGCCUGACUCUGCAAAGAAGAAGAAGCUUAUCCGGCAGUUUAAUAAGCAUCCUACAGCUCUCACUCCUGGCUCUGAUGUACCCACAUCCCCAGCACCGCGACGCACCCGCUCGCGCUCCUUCAGCGGCCUCAUUAAGCGGAAGGUUUUGGGAACCCCGGUUAUCCUGGAGAGGAAGAGCAGGGAUGCCACACCGGAGCCCGAGCGAGUCAGCAAAGAGAAUGUCCACCUGUUACAGAAAUGUGGAUCUCCAGCUCACAUGUCCCAAGCGAAGCUGAAAUCUUCGGAGGGCCGGAAAGAGGAAUCCUGUAGACGCAUGCGAGCCCACCUGCUUUCCAAGGAUUCGUCAUCCCUCUGA